UUCAAAAAAUUAUUAUUUGGGUUGUGCUUCUUCCAUGCCUUAAUACAAGAAAGACGUAAAUUUGGAUCUCUGGGAUGGAAUAUUCAAUAUCAAUUUAAUGAAACAGAUCUUAGAAUUAGUGUUCAGCAAUUAGCUAUGUUCCUUAAUGAAUAUGAGGAAAUUCAAUAUGAUGCAUUGAAAUAUCUGACUGGAGAAUGUAAUUAUGGUGGGCGUGUAACAGAUGAUUGGGAUAGAAGAACGUUAAUAACUCUGUUGAAUAAAUUUUAUUGCACAGAAAUAAUCAAUCAAGAAAAUUAUUAUUUUGAUUCUUCUGGAAUAUAUUAUGCCCCUGUUGAAGAAAAUUUUGAAGAUUAUAUUAAAUACAUCAAAGCACUUCCUCUUAUAACUAGUCCAGAAAUUUUUGGUUUACAUUCUAAUGCAGAUAUUACUAAAAACCAAAAAGAAACUUUUCAGCUACUUGAUGGAGUUUUUAUUACUCAG